AUGCUGAUAUCAAGCAGCCAGGAACCUGAAAUACAUUACCGCUGUCGUGCAAAUCUCAAGCACCUUCUCUGGAUGUUGGACGACAGUAGCUAUGACCCUGAAAAUCGGGCUCCUCGUUGUAGCCUGCCAAUAUGCCAGAACUCGCAGCAGGGAAUACUAGGCACCAAAGAGCUGGUCCAAGACUCUUCCCUUCCGAGCCAUGACUCUCCCACCAAGUACUUCAACAGCAGAUCCAAACCUGGCAGAAAGAGGAUAUUCCUGAACAAGUCAACCAGGGGACAUGAGAUCAACAAGAUUGUUGCUGUCGCUCUGGCAGCCAUCUCAAGGGACCAUUGCAACCGCUCUAGCUUUCAACAUGCGUUAAAGACUUUUCACUGCUACGCUCAGGACUUGGACUACAAACCCGUUGACAAGGCUGUUCUCGGCGAGCACGGGAUCGAGGUCAUCGAUGACCCGAGUGCCUGGCUCAAGGUGGGUGAACGAUCGAUUCUGUUCUCGUGUGGGCCCAACGUACCGGUCAAGGAAAUCGUCGCAGACAUCGCUCGGCCGGCGGUGAACCGAUCCGUGCUCCCCUCGGGUCAGGGCCAUGAUGGAGGGUUAUGA